GCCAGCUAGAGGGAGAGCCGGAGAGGCAUUGCAACGACUGAGGUCAGAAUUAGAUAGGCAGACAGAUAGGACAAAGUGGAAAGGAGAAAUAUAUUUUCACCGGAGUUAUAGUUCUCCGGAAAGUGAAAAAAUUUGAGGAAGAGGGGUAGAGAAGAAAACCAGGAGGGGAGGGGAUUUAAAAUAAACACAUUGGGAUUUCCUCAAAAUCGUGUUGCCACCAUCGUCCCACUCCCCACCUAUUCCCUCUAUAAAAACGUUGGGUGAGGUUCUAUUCUUCGGAGCUUCCAAAGAUCAUUAGCCCACCUCGCCUAAAAUCGAAGUACAGCAGCAGCCAGCAUCUCUGCCUCAAUAAAACCAUCCGUUUUCUCUCUGUCGCUUGACUCUUCUUCUCUAUUUCCUUCGUUGCCUCAUUGACGAAAAUUUGUGAGGUUCGGGGACAGGGGAGUUGUUUGGGGAAAAGAGUAAUAUGGCCAAUGUGUCUGGGUUCUUGAGUCCUUCAGUUCCCAGUUUAGGGAGGACUGUGAAGCCUUCUGUAGGGGUUAUUGGAUCUGGGUUUUGCUCUACAAAGGGAAUAGCCAAGGGGAUUUUUUGCUCCAGCGCUGUUGAAGGUGCUGCUGACAAGGUUUCCCCUUCUCAAUCUCGAAUGCCCAGGCUAGCUAUGCAAGGUUGCAAGCUAGUUGGAUCUGGCUCAGCAGUUCCAAGUCUACAGAUUUCAAAUGAAGAUCUCGCCAAAAUGGUCGACACUAAUGAUAAGUGGAUAUCUGAUCGAACUGGGAUCCGUAAUCGACGAGUUCUUUCAGGAAAGGAAACCCUGACUUCUCUAGCAGCCGAAGCAGCUAGGAAAGCACUUGAGAUGGCAGAGGUUGAUCCUGAUGAUCUGGAUAUGAUCUUAUUGUGCACUUCAACACCAGAGGAUCUUUUCGGUAGUGCUCCUCAGAUCCAAAAGCAGCUUGGCUGCAAAGGAAACCCUUUGGCAUACGACAUAACAGCAGCGUGCAGUGGAUUCAUUAUGGGGCUAGUCUCUGCUUCUUGUCACAUUAGGGGAGGUGGAUUCAAAAACGUCUUGGUAAUUGGUGCUGACUCCCUCUCUCGAUAUGUCGACUGGACCGAUAGAGGAACUUGUAUUCUCUUUGGCGAUGCUGCUGGCGCGGUAUUGGUACAGGCCUGUGAUGGUGAGGAUGACGGUUUAUUCAGCUUCGAUUUGCACAGCAAUGGUGAUGGCCAGAGAAAUUUGAAUGCGUCAAUCAAGCAAACCGAAUUGGAUCAUGCUCUCGGUUCUAAUGGAUCAGUUAUCGACUUCCCUCCUAGACCCUCCUCUUAUUCGUGCAUUAAUAUGAACGGAAAAGAGGUUUAUCGCUUUGCCGUGCAGUGUGUGCCAGAGACUAUCGAGUCUUCUCUUCAGAAGGCUGGUCUAACUCCAGCGGACAUUGAUUGGUUGCUACUCCACCAGGCCAACAAGAGGAUCAUAGAUUCGGUUGCAGACCGUCUGAAACUUUCUUCUGAAAAUGUGAUAUCGAAUCUGGCGAAUUAUGGCAACACGAGUGCUGCUUCAAUUCCCUUGGCAUUGGAUGAAGCUGUUCGAAGUGGGAAAGUGAAGCCAGGUCAUAGAAUUGCAGCUGCUGGUUUUGGUGCUGGUCUAACUUGGGGCUCUGCUAUAAUUAGAUGGGGCUGAAAAUUGAAAUCUUUCUUACAGAUGCUUUCUCUUUUCACCAAUGUCUCCAGAAUGAGAGAUAAAACAUCAAAUUAGACCAGAAUUCCCUGUAACAUCCAGUUUGCUUAGUUAUUUUCUUACCUUUUGUGUUCCAUAUGUACUUACUACACACAAACUUGUUGCUUCCCUUAUGUGUAAUGUAACCCUUUAUCAAUUUUUGGUACCCCAAAAUAAAAAAGUUCCAUUCUUUCCUAUCCAAAACCUGAAACUCUUUACAAUGCUCGAACAUUCAAGCUCAAGGUUCUCUACUUUCUCUACCUUUCUCCCUCAAAAUUCGUCCAUUCAGGAAAAAAUAAGCAAGACAAAGAAGACCGACUCCUAAUAAUGUUACAACAACAGUCUGGAAAAAAGCAACGGUGCUAUCACAUAGAAGAAAGGUCUUCUACUCCUACUUCUGCUUCUUCACCUUUGAUCCUGGACCUGAUCUUCUCGAGAGCUCCAUCAAUGGCAAUAUCAAGUGCAUCCUUUUGCCCUUUCCAUCCUACAGAAGAACUACUCCCAUGUUUCCUGUAAACAACUCUCGGGAUCAACUCGAUAACCUUCUGCCUCAUCCUCCUAACCCGAGCCCUCGAAAUCCCCAUCAGCACGUCCAAAAUCUUCAUUCCAUUGUAAACCACAUCCUCCUUCGGAAUGUGGACUGCAAACUCCCCAUAAGCUUCCUCCGGCAAGUGCCACCUGUACUGCGUUCUCGCGGAUUGAUCCUCGAAGAACACCGGUAUGCAGCCGGCAAUGAUCGCAUCGAACGUGGACCUCCUCGUCGGAGUGUCCCCGGGAGGCUGGAGGCAGAAUGUCGACUGCAACAUGGGCCUCAUGUACAAAAUCGGGUCGUGCUCGCAUUUCCCAUUGGCGCAAUCGACAAUGUCGCACACUUUGGAGUAAUAAUACCACCCGCCAUUGCUCUCAAACGUAUCGCUCGUGUUCUCGCACUCAUUCCUAAUGCUCCGCCGGAUAUUGGGCUGCGCCGACACCCCUCCGCCGCCGGCGAACAGCAUCAAUGUAGUUCUCCGGGACGCCUCGACCCGAUUGAUCCACGAAUCCAGGAGCUCGGCAUUCGGCGGGUGAAACGACGUCAGAUAGGGAAUGGCUUGCUCCUGCCACGGCCAUAACCUCUCUUCAACGACAAGCGCCGUGAGAUUGUAGAAUUCCGGGAGUUCCAAAAACGAAGUCCCCCAAAUCGGCGGGUCGAGAUCUGGCGGCUGGGAGAAGUCCCAGGCGGGUCGGGCGAGAACCAGGAAAUGAUCCGACCCGGAAUUCCGCCCCCAAAUCCACCCGUCGUUUUCCUGCAGGAACUCGAAGAGCUCCAGGCCGUGAUCCAUGCUGUUGUUCACCUCCGGGCCGUAGAGGUAGCGGAGGGAGUCGAUGGCGGCGUAGUACGGGAGGUAGACGGCGGCGGCCUGGUUCGGAUCUUGGGUCAAACAGGGGUAUUCGAGCAUCCGUCGAUGGAAGAUGAGCUCGAGAAGGAAAGGGUCGGUUCGGUACCAUGAGUGGGAGCGGUUGUGGGUCUUGGGUCCGAGGCCGUGAUUGGAGAGGUAAGGGCAGAAAUCGUAGAAGAGGUCGUACUCGGAGCAAUUCGUGAGGAGAUCGAGGUUGAACCUCGCCGGGAGACGCCGGAUGUGGAUCCAACGGCCCGAGCAGUCGAGUUGUGGAACCACCGCCGCCGCCAAUGAUGAUUCUCCUCCUCCUCCGCUGCUUCCGGCUUCUCCUGAUCCUGCUCGCUCUUUUCUGGACUUGGAUGCUUGCUGCAGGGAAAAUGCAGGGCUGAGCAAGAGGAAGAAGAAGAGGAGGUAGGAAGGGGAAAUGGGUACGGACGCCAUGGAUGGACAGGGAAAAGCUUUGGAGAAGAACAACAAUGGAGGAUAUAGAUUUUAGGGAUUCAUGUCAUGUUGCCGGGGGUUACUUGUUACAUUAAACUUUUUUUUCUUCUUUUUUCAGGCAGAUAUUUGUGUUAUUGGAUUUUGUUUAGGAGACUUUUCCUGAAAAU